AUGUCUUCAAAGCAGAAAAUAGUUUACCUUGAUGAGAUUCGUCCAUGGAAGACAGCCUGGUUGAUCGAAGCCAAGAUUCUGCACACGUGGAAACCAUCCAAUGCCAGCUUUGGUGAGAGUUUGGAAAUCGUCAUGUCAGACAAAAAGGGGACCAAGAUUCAUGCUACAUGUAAGAAAAACUAUCUGCAGUCUCUGGGGGAACAAUGUAAAGUUGGCGAAUGGAAAACACUAUACAACUUUCAAGUGAGUGCAACCGGCAAACAUUACAGACCAACGCAGCAUAUGUAUAAGAUCACUUUCAUCAAUCAGACGGUUAUUAAACCCUCUGAGUUCCAAAACGAUGACAUGUUUCUUUCUUUGGCAACAUUUGAUUCCAUUAUGAGUGGAAAGUUAGAUAACGAUAUCUUAAUAGACAUUAUUGGACAAGCUAUUGAAGUUGGUGAGAUUCGAACUCUCCAAUGUGGUGGAAAGGAGAAAAAAAAGAUUGAAUUCCAGCUAAGAGACGUCAGUGAUGAACGCAUACCAUGUUGUUUGUGGGGAAAGUUUGCUGAGGAUAUGGAAUCUCAUAGAGAGGAAGCACAAUUUGGAGUUGUUGUUUGUCUCAUCCGAUUCGCUAAAAUUGGGGCCUUUCGAGGUAACCUCCAAAUCUCAAACGGGUAUGAUUCUUCACAAUUGGUUUUCAAUCCUAACAUAAAAGAAGCAGAGGAAAUAAGAGAAGCUUACAAAUUCCAUGACGAUUCUUUGAGCAUUGUUGAAACAAGUGAAGAAGGCAAAGAUAUUGUAUCUCAAGCCAACAAUGGGACCAGACAGAAAUUAACUGGAUGGGAAACAGUUGAGGUUAAAACCAUAUCUGAGAUAUUGAAUUUCACACAGGUUGAUAAGUGCAAGGUUGUUGCUACAAUCUAUGCCAUAGAUACUGAUUAUGCAUGGUAUUAUUUUGGAUGUGAUUUGUGUCAAACCAGGACUUAUAAAGUCCCCGCUGAAGAUAUAAAUCCUUCCAUCGUAACCAAGCCUUUGUUUUGGUGUGAAAAAUGCAAUAAGAAUGUGAUGAAUGUUAAACCAAGAUAUAAGCUCCAUCUCGUGGCUAAGGAUGAUACAGCUAAAGCAAAAUUUGUACUUCUUGAUUGGGUUGCAUGGCCAGUUAUAGGAGUAAAGGCUGAAAAAAUUCUCAAUGGUUCUUUGGAUGAGGUUGAAGAUCCUGAGAUGUUGCCUGACUGUAUUAAUGAAAUUGUGGGGAAGACUUAUAAUUUUGGGGUUACCAUCGAAAAAGGAUCUGAGACUUUUAAGGUACUUAAAGUCUGGUCAGUUUACAACACACUCAUGGUUGAUUCCCAAUCGGAAUCUAUUUCUGGAAAGGGAAUAACAGCAAACUCAGCAUCAGAGGUGUCUCUAUUGACUUACAGUGAUGAAAGCUCAAGCAAGAUGGCAACUCCUUCAAAGCGAUCAGUGGACGACAUUGUUGAUAUUCCAGAUAACACCUCGACUUCAAAGAUGCGCCAUGUCAAAAGUAUCAAGAUUGAGAAGAUGAGCAGUGAUGAGCUAGCCUUAAGGAAGAACUAA